AUGUUGCGCCUAUACGAUUUAGGAAAAAAGAAGCUUCUGCGCAAAUGCGAAAACAAACACAUCCCUAACGGAAUUGUCAGUAUUCAAGCCAUUGGCAAAAGAAUCUAUUGCGCAGACAUCCAAGAAUCAGUCUUUAUGGUCAGAUACAAACGGGCCGAAAACCAACUAAUAAUAUUCGCAGAUGACACGCAUCCAAAAUGGAUUUCAGCCACUUGUAUUCUUGACUAUGACUCAAUUGCAACAGCGGACAAGUUUGGCAACGUCUCAAUUUUGCGCCUCCCGUCAAACGUCACCGAUGACGUCGAAGAAGACCCAACAGGCAACAAGGCCUUAUGGGACAGAGGCCUUUUAAACGGAGCCUCCCAAAAAGCAGGCACUGUUGCCACAUUCCACAUCGGCGAAACAGUUACAAUGUUGCAAAAAACCACCCUAAUCCCUGGCGGCAGUGAGUCUCUAAUCUAUGCCACUUUAAGUGGUACCAUUGGAGUUUUGGUUCCUUUUACAUCGCACGAUGAUCAUGACUUUUUUCAACAUUUAGAAAUGCACAUGCGCAGCGAAAAUGCGCCGCUAGGCGGCCGCGAUCAUUUGUCGUACAGGAGUUAUUAUUUUCCGGUCAAAAACGUCAUCGAUGGUGAUUUGUGCGAGCAGUACAACGCGUUGGAGCCGCAAAAGCAGCGCAGCAUCGCGCAGGAUUUGGACAAAACCGCCGCGGAGGUGUCCAAGAAAUUGGAAGAUGUCAGGACGCGAUAUCGACAAAAAAUCGAUAUUGACUUAAAAAUUCAUAUCGACAAAAAAAACGAUAUUGACUUGAAAAUCGAUAUCGAUUUGAAAAUUAAUAUCGACUUAAACUCGAUAUGUAUCGACAAAAAAAUUGAUAUCUAUAAAAAAAAAUCGGAAUCGACAAAAAAAUUGAUAUCGGCAAAAAAAUCAAUAUAUGACACCCAUCCAAAAUGGAUUUCAGCCACUUGCAUUCUUGACUAUGAUUCAAUUGCAACAGCAGAUAAUUUUGGCAACGUCUCAAUUUUGCGCCUCCCGUCAAACGUCACCGAUGACGUCGAAGAAGACCCAACAGGCAACAAGGCCUUAUGGGACAGAGGCCUCUUAAACGGUGCAUCCCAAAAGGCAGGCACUGUUGCCACAUUCCACAUCGGCGAAACUGUUACAAUGUUGCAAAAAACCACCCUAAUCCCUGGCGGCAGUGAGUCUCUAAUCUAUGCCACCUUGAGCGGUACAAUUGGAGUUUUGGUUCCAUUUACGUCUCACGAUGAUCAUGACUUUUUUCAACAUUUAGAAAUGCACAUGCGCAGCGAAAAUGCGCCGCUAGGCGGCCGCGAUCACUUGUCCUACAGGAGUUAUUAUUUCCCGGUCAAAAACGUCAUCGAUGGUGAUUUGUGCGAGCAGUACAACGCGUUGGAGCCGCAAAAGCAGCGCAGCAUCGCGCAGGAUUUGGACAAAACCGCCGCUGAGGUGUCCAAAAAGUUGGAAGAUGUCAGGACGCGGUACGCGUUUUAA